AAAUACUCCAGCCUAAACAGCUACUAUAAAUGUGGCAUUUAGUUCCCUCGACAACUCUACUACUAGUGAUCUAGAGUAGAAAAAGGUUACAGAACACCUUUUCCGUAGGAAGCAAAAAAUCAAACCAAACAAAGAAACAUGAUUUCCUCCAAACACUCCUUUCUGAUCACGGUAACAAUCACGGUGGCGCUGCUAUCAGCAACCACCACAACCGCCAAACUGCCAUGUGCUCAAAAUUUAGCCCAAGUAAAACAAUGUUCAAAGAAACCAUCAAAAUCUUGUUGUAAGGCACUUAAAGCAGUAACUAAACAUCUUGAUUGUCUUUGCCAACUUUAUGAAAAACCCACUGUGUUACCUAAUCUUGGUAAUAAUGUUAAUAAAGCUCUUGGUCCUCUUCUGGAAUCCUGUAAGAUCCGUGGUGAUGUUACCGCUUGUAAAGCUGCAAAAGAUACAAGUGGAGUGAGCAGGGUCGCAUGGACUGGAAUGUCAAGCUUACUCGUGCUCUUUGCUUCUUUCGUGCUUGCUUAGUUAAGUGUUGGGGAAAUGUUGAUGAAUUUCUUUACUUCAGUAUCAUUUAGGGAAUUGGCAGAUUGCAUACUUGUAUUCUGUGAAGUUUGCAUUGUAUUAUAUGCUGAGAUGAACUAAAUUGAUGUAUGAGUAUGAGGAGAUAUUUUAAUGUUUCACGAUUUGCAUA